CUCUGAUUGGCAGAACUGCUGUCCUACCACAGGACACGGAGUGCAGGGUCACGUGACAGUCUGACAAGAGUGGAUGUACAGAGGGCCAGAAACACCGAGACAGCCGAUAUGGGUGAGGACAACAGCAGCAGCUGCUUGGAGACUUCCUUUUCUAAGGGCAUAGACCUUCACAAAAGAGUGCUCCAGUUUGUGGAAGAAAGAAUGCAAACCACCAUGUGGACAGGAAUAUUGAUAGGAGCCGCUGUGGCUCUGUUUAUUAUUGGAGUCGUUGUGUUCAUCGUCUACAAGAGAUAUAGGCAGUCCAAACAGCAGCAACCAGAGGUACCUCGUUACCGUUUUCGAAAGAGGGACAAAGUGAUGUUUUAUGGCCGGAAGAUUAUGAGAAAGGUCACAACGCUGCCCAACACUUUGGUAGGGAAUACAGUUUCAAGAACCAGAGUAAGAAAAAAAGUGAAAGUCUUCACACUAGCUAAAAGGAUACUUCGUUUUAAGAAGGAAUAUCCAACCUUGCAGAAGAAAGAACCUCCCCCCUCUCUACUGGAAGCAGAUCUCACAGAGUUUGAUGUUAAAAAUUCUCACUUGCCAUCAGAAGUUCUUUACAUGUUAAAGAAUGUGCG